AUGAAGCUCUCCUUUUCUCUCGUUGUUUCCUCUAUGCUUAGCACUGCCCUUGGUACUGUCAUCCCGGCCAGGCAGGUAGACGACCCCAAGUCCUGCUGCUUCAACCUCCAAGACACCACCAGCGGCAAGCAUGUCCGGCAAGACGCCCAUACCGGCGAGCUCUUCGUCGACGAUUCCAGCCUCCCCGAGGGCCGGUACUGCAUCAACCAAAAGAUCAAAUCCAAGGUGCUCUACGACCGCCGGAACAACGCCUGCAUCCUGACCUCACCUCGCAACUCGGUUGAGUGCCUCGAUGGCACCCCAGGCGGCGACACCUGGCAGCUUGUCCGGAACGUCGGCGAAGACAUUUUCUUGGAAGACUACGGCAGCAUCGAUUUCAACGUCUGCAACGUCAACGGUCGGCAGCAAAUCUUUGGUGCCAAGCCCCCGGGUGGUCUUGACUGCAAAUUGACGCACCUCAGCGCCGACAACCGUGCCGGCCAGUGCAACUCGUACGCUGGGGGAGCCAAAGUCAUGCCAAUUUCAUGA